AUAACAAAGCAGAACGAGUCAGUCACGCUGAAAAAUAUAUUAGAGAGAAGAAAAAAACUUUGAAAUUUUUACGCCAAUAUAUAAUUCACAAACGGAAUAAACAAUAUCCUUGGCCGCAUAAUAAACAGAUACAUACAUAAGUGCGUACACACAUUAUAUAUAUAUAUAUAUAUAUAUGCAUAUGUAUAUAUAUAUGUACAUAACUAUCAAAAAAUGGCCGAAGAUUUCGACGUAGAAGCUAUGCUAGAGGCUCCAUAUGUCAAGGGCAAUUCUACCAUUGGCAGUGACAGAGGUGAUGAAAAGGACUCUGGGAAGAGGCACAAUCAAAGAGAUCACACCAAAUACGAUGAUACCGAAUGUGCUAGUUAUUCGUUAGAGCACAACGGACAAAAAUACAGAUCUAGAAGCCCAUCUGAUUCGCGAAUUAAUGAGGGUAGACAUUACCGAAGAUCAUCUGAACGAGAGACAGUUAAAGAAGCAGAGCGUUUCCGUUCACGAGAUAAAGACCGAGAUCGCGAUCGAGAACGAGAUAACAAAAAGACUUAUGGGGAUCGUGAACGUGAUAGAGAAAAACAAAGAGAACGGAGUCGCUCGAAGGAUCGACGUUACAGGAGCCGAUCGCGGGAAUACCGUCGCAGUCGCUCACGCGAUAAGCCGACCUCGAGAGCGCGGUCAGAAAGACGUGCUAGUCGCUCGCGGGAUGUUCGUCGCAGUCGAUCGAGAAAUCAUCGUUCCAAAGAGCGUGUUAGUCCAUCGAGAGAACAUAGACGCAGUCGUUCAGGCAGACGAUCACCGCCUAGGAACAAAAGCCGCCGUCGUAGUGGCUCGCCACGUCCUUAUCGACAUGGACGUACACCUCCUAACGGUCUGGGUCCGGACAGAUCGCCACUUUCAGAACUAAGUCCUGAAGAACGUGAUGCUCGCACAGUGUUUUGUAUGCAAUUAUCACAACGUGUUCGCGCACGAGACUUGGAAGAGUUUUUUUCAAGUGUCGGAAAAGUGCGUGACGUACGUUUGAUAACAUGUAAUAAGACGAAACGUUUUAAAGGCAUUGCCUACAUUGAGUUCAAGGAACCAGAAUCCGUGGCCUUAGCUCUGGGCUUAUCCGGGCAAAGGUUAUUAGGUAUACCAAUAUCAGUGCAACACACUCAAGCUGAAAAGAAUCGCAUUGCUAAUGCCGUGCCCGUUUUCACUCCUAAAAAUCAUACUGGACCAAUGCGUCUAUAUGUAGGUUCAUUACAUUUCAACAUAACCGAAGAAAUGUUGCGCGGCAUAUUCGAACCGUUUGGCAAAAUAGACUCUAUUCAGCUUAUUAUGGAUAGUGAAACGGGGCGCUCAAAAGGAUAUGGUUUUAUAACGUAUCACAAUGCGGAAGAUGCGAAGAAAGCUUUAGAGCAGUUAAAUGGGUUUGAGUUAGCCGGACGACCGAUGAAAGUGGGCAACGUAACUGAACGUUUGGAUAUGAACACAACAUCUUUAGAUACGGAUGAAAUGGAUCGUAGCGGUAUUGAUUUGGGAGCAACUGGACGUUUACAACUUAUGUUCAAAUUGGCAGAGGGUGCAGGGUUAGCCGUACCGCAAGCAGCUGCAAAUGCCUUACUUGCUACAGCACCUCAACCGGCACCAAUACAGACGCAAACGCAAACUCCGCCCAUUGCUACACAGUGUUUUAUGUUAUCGAAUAUGUUUGAUCCACGCACCGAAACCAACCCCAACUGGGACUCGGAAAUACGUGACGACGUUAUAGAUGAAUGUUCUAAACAUGGCGGCAUAUUGCAUAUAUAUGUUGACAAGGUUUCUCCUACUGGUAAUGUAUACGUUAAGUGCCCGAGCAUAACAACUGCUGUCUUGGCUGUGAACGCCCUACACGGUCGAUGGUUUGCUGGACGUGUCAUUGCUGCCGUCUAUGUGCCACUGCUGAACUACCACUCCAUGUUUCCGGAUGCUAUUACCGCUGUUAAUUUACUGGCAUCAAAUAGAAAAUCUACAGAGUAAAAUUUUAAGUUUCUACAACACAUAUAGGAAUAACAUAUUUUCUUUUUGUCCUUCUUGGCUAUCAUCUAUGACGUGCGCACGCAUUCCCGUUCUCUUUAUAAACUAAGAAUAAAUAAAUUUAAAAAAAGUUGAAGGAACAAUUUUUUAUGUUGCCACUUCAUUAUUUGACACUUC